GGGAGGGAGUGGGACCUAGAGUGCACAGUUCACUCAAUAAAGUCUUUCUGCUUGUACCAUAACAGAGGGUGUUGAGAUUGGUCACUGGAGGGACUCUGCUUUUGUUGGAUCAUUGAUCUCAGUAGAAAGGAUGUUUAAAAAAGCGGUACAGCAACUUAUAAACCAGGUUGAUUCUGGAGGAGAUCUGAUCCCAAUGACCAGUGUAUACGACUCGGAGAAGUUUAAACCUCUGUGCCUGGUCUGCAGGAGAACAGGAGGCCCCUUCUGGAGAAAGGCAAAGUACAAUUGCACUGAGUUCAAUCUGAAGCAGAUUCUGAUUGACGAUGACAGCUUACCCACAGCUCAGCAAAAUGAUUUGUCCUUCCAGUUUUCGAAGUCAUUAGACACGAAAGGAUGUGUAGUGGUCAAUAACUAUCCACAUAUUGCAAGCAAAAUGUGUGAAACCAUUGUGCUGAAGGGAAUAAAGCAAGUUUAUGUCGAUGUGCCAGAACUAGUGCAAAGCCUGGAAACACGAAAACUCGGACGUUCUUGGGAGUUCGUCAAAAAGAAUUAUUCAGGACAUCUCUGCGUGGUUACUGAAACAUUAAUUUGUGAACAGCCCCUCACACUGAAGAAAGCUAACAAAAAACAAUUAGGACUUAACAUGACUCUCUUCGACAUUGCAGGUGCAGAAUAUCGCCUUGCGACAGAAAGCGUACAGUGCAUUCCUAAGGGUUCAGUCCUUGCCUUCAAAGUAUGGGACCUCACUGUUACUAAAGAUGGCACGCUAUGUCUAUCAAACCCAAAGAAGCAGAGCCAGACAGAGUCUUGGAUGAGCGUGGACAGCACAGAAGUUGGUGGAAUAGAAGGGUUUGGAAUUUGCGGUGAACUUCAAUGUCUUGAUGAUGGAUUGAAGCAACAUCUCCUGGACCUCGUGUGUCAAAUUAUUGAAGACUCCGAACUGCUUUCUAUUCUGAGUGACGUGUUCUCCGAUGCUUGUGCUGGAAUGGACUAUAACCUCUCAGAACUGAACAAACUGGAGGAAGGUAGAAGGGAAAUUGGAGAAAAUCUCCUGUCAAUCUGGAGUGAGGAGCAGUUGAAGAAUGCAGCCAAAGACCAGCUUGUUAAGGCCGUCUCCUUUCUCUUAGCAGCUUUGGAAGAUCUGUCACCAGCAACGUUGCAGCUGCUGGUGAAAAGUUUGAAGAUGCAGAUUCUGUCCCAGCAAUUCACCCUGGUCACCACCAUUCUUAAUGAUAACAGCCAAGUUGACCAGAUACUAAAAAUAGGGACCGAAAAUUUCGCAGAGGAUGCGUUUGGAACAACUGCAGAGAUGCUGAGUGAAAUUGGACUUCAUCUGGAGAGAGACAGGGUCGAGAAGAAGAGGGAGCUGAGUCUCUAUGAACUGUCUAUUGCCUUGUGCUAUCUAAAUGCUCUAAGCAGCCAUUGA